AUGAAUAUUGUACAAAGUUCCUUCAUUCAAUUUUUAAAACUAGGUAAUAUCCCAAACCACGUAGGUGUGAUUAUGGAUGGUAAUCGGUAUUUUAUAGGUUAGAUGUAGACGAUAUGCUAAACAAAGGAAAAUGGAACCAACAGAUGGUCACAUUCAAGGAUAUCAAUCUUUUUUGAAUUUAUUAUAAUGGAGUUAAAAAUUAGGAAUUAAGGAAAUUAGUGUAUUUGCUUUUAGUAUUGAGAAUUAUAAUAGAUAAAAUGAUGAAGUAGUAUUUCUCAUGGAAUUAAUGAAAUAAAAAAUGCAUCAUUUACAACAUGAUCUCAAUUUUAUAGAUAAAAAUCAAGUUAAAAUUAAAUGUUGUGGAGAUCUUGAUAUCUUAAAAGAUCAAGAGCUAAAAUCAAAAUUAUUGGAGCUUGAAAACUACAGUUCUAAAUAUUCUUAAUAUAAGUAAAACUUAUCAUAAAUUUUCGAUUAGACUAAAUAUUUGUUUCUCAUAUAAUUUCACAAAUGAAUUAGAAAAAGCUAUUCAAUCAAUGCCAAAAGGAUUAACAAAAAAAGAAUUCUUUUUGUAAAUGAAUUCUUAUUUAAUGGUACCUAAUUCUCCUAUUCUCUUAAGAACUUCUGGUGAAACUAGACUAAGCAAUUUCUUAUUAUAUUAAAUACGAGAGAAUACAGUAAUUCAUUUUAUAGAUAAAAAAUGGCCAGAAUUAUCAUUUCUAGAUUUUUGUAAUAUGAUUUUAUUCUAUAGAAAAAAUAAAAUUUGA